AUGGCCUCACUGUCCAGAGAGAUGAUAUUCCUCACCGGAGCACCUGCUGGAAACGACUUGCGCUGGACCGAGACCCACCUUACGCCAUACUUCGGCCCCCAAUUUCGACGGUAUUUGGGCGACAGCAUUGAGGAUGACAGUACUACGCAGAUCACAACAACUUCAGCAACGCAUCCUCUUGCCAAAUGGCGCUCUGUCCCAAUGCCUGCAGAUGCAUCGCAGCAGGACCAAGAUCCAGCGAAAGGCGCGCAGUUUCUAUCUUUUGGGGAAGGCCUCAACAACGACGACGAUGAUCUUGAGCACAGACGCUUUCUGGAGCAUUCUCUGGCAAUCCUGCAGGAUCUGGACUCGUCUCAAAUCGAGGUACCAGACGGUACCGACCUCGACGAUACGAACACCAUGAGGUUUGGCUCUUUCGGCGGGACACUUACUUCAGAGCUGUCGCUACAAGAAAGCGAUGCUUCUAUGGUCAGCACAUCUUCAGAACCGGCUGGACCACAAGCUAUUGUAUUCGAAGGACCACUCACCGAUCUGAGGCGCAUCCCGAAUGCGCAACACCUACACGCGAUUCAACCUCAGACCAUGACUGUGAACAUACUUGCAUCCGUCAUUGUGGUCAAGCCGACGCGUACCGUGCAGCUACGGCGCCGUAACGCAGAGAUGGACAUCGUGGAGAUAAUCUUUGGCGACGAGACCAAGGCGAACUUUACCAUCAGCUUCUGGUUGGUACCUGUCGACAGUCAAGCCGCCCGUUUGCCAAAGCAAGGCAGUCUGCGGGAGACAGUCUCGCAACUGCGCUCUGGCGAUGUUGUGAUAGCGACACACAUCGCUCUGAACGAUUUCAAUGGCAACGUCUAUGGCAAUAGUCUGAGCAAGCGCACCACGAGGAAUAACACGACGUUGAUCAGACUAUCGGGUUCAAUCACCGGACUUUCGGCGCCGGCCGCUAGCAAAUUGAGUCGCGUGCGCAACUGGUCUAAACAGUUUGUUGGCGGAACGAAACGUGCAUCGUCGCCGGAAUCUUCGCCGGGCAGAGACUCGAAGCGCCGUAUAGAAUUAAUCUUGCCCGCGGAUACGCAGCCGUAUGGAUAA